AUGGAACGCACGCAGCAGUUGACCGCCGCCUCCUCUCGGCCCCGAAAGUUGUCUCUCACAACCGAAGAUGAGAACUGGACGGUCCUCGACAGAAAGGAGAUGGUCUCCGAAGAGGCCUUCGACGACUGGAAGAAGCAGCGAACCGCCGAACGCUCUGCCGCCAAGCAGAAGCAACAGAGCCCCGAAAAAGUUCCGGUGAAGCUGUCGUCCAAGCUGCAGGUGUGGGUGCCCAUCGAGCUGAUGUCGGUGGUGCAGUCCCUCUGGGCUCGCGCCCAGCCCGACGACGUGGAGCGCGAAGGCGAGACCUUCCACGCCCACGAAAUCCGCAUCUGGUCGCUCUUCCUCCUCGCCAUCCACCAAACCAAACCCAAUACUGCCGGCGCGCAGGACUCGCAGUCGCUUUCCCCGGCAUCGCGCGCCUACCUUCUCCGCAUCGCGUUCGCCGAGUUCGUGUCCGCCUUCAACGGCAACAACAUUCACGCCGUCCUCGCCGAGCUGCACAAGAACGACGAGACGCCUGCGGAGAUUCACAAAAUCAUUCAGUGCUACACUGCGGUCCUGGCCGAGCUGAAGCAGAUGGGCCACGCAAGUGACGUCGCCCAGCCGGUCAUCGGCGUCACGAGCGGCCUCUUUGAGAUGGCCAAGCGGCGCGCCGUCGGCCUCUUCGCGCUGUUCGGCGGCCAGGGCGUCAACUGGCUCCAGGAGCUGCGGACCAACUACCGCGUCUACGUCGACGUGCGACCGACCAUCGAGCGCGCCAUCGCCGCGCUUCAGAAGCAGGCCACACACCUUCUCGAGGGCGAGGAGGACACCGGCAGCGACAGUGGCGUGAAGGGCUACAACGAGCUGUUCGCCCACGGCCUCAACGUGCUCGAGUGGAUCACCGACGACGACGGCGACGCUGCGGUGGUGCCGCCGGCCACCUACCUCUCGUCGGCCCCGAUCUCCUACCCGAUGAUCGGCCUCACGGCCCUCAUCAACUACCUCAUCUGCAUCAAGACCUGGAAUCUCAGCCCCGCUGAGGUCGUCUCUCAUUUCAAGGGCGUCACCGGCCACUCGCAGGGCAUUCUGACGGCGCUGGUGUUCGCGGCCUCGAAGACCGAGGACGAGCUGGUGGAGAACAUCGUAAGCUCAGUGCAGUACCUGUUCUGGAUCGGCGUCCGCCUGCAGCAGGCCGUCACCUUCCCCUCCUUUAUCGAGGCCCAGCGCACCGACAUCCUCAAGGAGUCCAAGAAGAUCCACGGCUCGCGCAACCCCACGCCCAUGAUGGUGGUGAUCCACCUCCUGCCCCAGGUCGUCCAGAAGUAUGUCGACAUCAUCAACAAGAAGCUCAGCGACGAGCCCAACCGACAGCUCGAGAUCGCUCUGCAGAACGGCCCUCGUGCGGUGGUGGUCGUGGGCCACCCGGAGUCGCUCCACACGCUCUCGGUGCUGCUGAACGAGAAGGAGACCCGCAAGGAGGACAACGUCGACCAGUCGCGCGUGCCGCACUCCAAGCGCAAGAAGGAGUUCCGGCUGGUCUACCUGCCCGUCUCGGUCCCGUUCCACUCGCAGCUGCUCAAGGGCGCCGUGCAGUGGGUGCGCGACGACGUCAAGCGGCUGCGAGAGAAGGGCGGCCGCCUGUGGUCGAUCACGGGCAAGGACCUGGCCAUUCCCCUCUACUCGACGCUCGACGGCGCCGACCUCCGUAGCAGCAGCGCGGGCGCCGACGACCAUCCUUUGGUCGACGCGCUGAUCGACCUCCAGUGCACCGAGCACGUCAACUGGCUCCGGGCCACCGAGAAGAUCUCGCGUCGGCGCGAGGGCAUCACCCACGUAAUCGACUUUGGCCCGGGCAAGAUGUCGGGCGCGGUGUCGUUCACGUCCAAGAACCUGGAGGGCUCCGGCGUGCAGUUCGUGAUGGCCGGCGCGUUCCAACCGUUCGAGGAGGACCUGGUGGUGGCCGACAAGUCGGUCCUGUUCGACUCGCGCAGCGACGCGAUCCCGUUCGCGCUCGACUGGGAGACGGAGUUCGGCCCGUCGCUGGUCCAGCGCAAGGCCGACGGCAAGAUUCUUGUCGACACCAAAUACACGCGCGUCAUGGGCAAGCCGCCGAUCAUGGUGGCCGGCAUGACGCCCACCACGGCCAGCCACCAGAUCGUGGCCGCCACCCUGAACGCGGGCUACCACGGCGAGCUGGCCGGCGGCGGUCUGCCCACGGAGGACAUCGUGCGCCAGCGGAUCGACCAGGUGGUGGAGAGCAUGGACGCGGGCCACGGCAUCACCCUCAACCUGCUCUACCUCAACCCGCGCCUGUGGAACCUCCAGUUUCCUCUGCUCGUCAAGCUCAGGAAGCAGGGCUAUCCCAUCGAGGGCGUGUGCGUUGCGGCGGGCGUGCCGUCGCUCGAGAAGUCCGCAGAGAUUAUUGAGUCGAUGCACCGAGCCGACAUCAAGCACCUCGCGUUCAAGCCCGGCUCCAUCGCGGCCAUCCGGCUCGUGUGCCAGAUCGCCGCGGCCCACCCCGACACCAACAUCCUCCUGCAGUGGACCGGCGGCCGCGCCGGCGGCCACCACUCGUUCGAGGACUUCCACGAGCCCAUCCUCCAGACCUAUUCGCUCAUCCGCAGCCAGAAGAACAUUGUGCUCAUCGGCGGCAGCGGCUUCGGUGACGCCGAACACUCGUGGCCCUAUCUCAACGGCUCGUGGUCGGUCAAGUUCGGCUACCAGCCCAUGCCCUACGACGCGAUCCUCAUCGCCAGCCGCGUGAUGGUGGCCAAGGAGGCCAACACGUCGCUCGAGGCCAAGCAGCUGCUGGUCAACACACCCGGCAUCGAGAACGAGGAGGAGUGGGAGAAUUCCUAUCAUACCUCGGCCGGCGGCAUCGUCACCGUCAAGUCCGAGCUGGGCGAGCCCAUCCACAAAGUCCUCACCAGGGGUCUGGAGGUGUGGAAGGACUUCGACGACCAGUUCUUCCAGCUGCCCAAGGAGAAGAUGCUCCAGAAGAUCAUCGAGAAGAAGCAGUACAUCAUCAACCGCCUCAACGCCGACUUCCAGAAGGUCUACUUCGGCAAGACCCUGAGCGGCAAGGUGGUGGAUCUGGCGGAGAUGACCUACUACGAGGUGGCGCACAGGAUGGUGUCGCUCAUGUACAUCCAGCCCGCGCAGGGCAGGGAGGGCCGCUGGAUCGACCGCGGCUUCUUCGACCGCGUGCUCGACUUCUCGCGCCACACCGAGGAGCGGUUCAUCAAGCCCACCACCACCGAGCAGCAGCAGAACGACGGCUUCAAGCCCAAGUACGUCAGCGUGCUGCCCCCGACGGCGCUCCUCAAGCAGAAGCCCUUCGAGUGGGUCGACAAGGUGUUCAAGGCGGCCUACCCCGACGCCGCGGUCCAAUUGUUGUCGACCGAGGACGUCGACUACUUCGUUCAGCUGUGCAAGCGGCGCAUGGGCAAGCCCGUCAACUUUGUGCCGGUGAUCGACGACCAGCUCCAGUUCUGGUUCAAGAAGGACUCGCUGUGGCAGUCGGAGGACCUCGACGCCGUGCAGGACCGCGACGUCGGGCGGGUGGUCAUCCUCCAGGGGCCGAUGGCCGUCCGUUUCUGCACCAAGGUCAACGAGCCCGUGGCCGACAUACUCGACGGUAUUCACGACGGGUGGAUCGCGCUGCUCAAGGCCGCCAAGCCCGAGGCCGCCCGGUCAAUUCCCACCAUCGAGUACCUGUCGACGCCCGUGCCCGCGCGUGUGCUCAACGGCUUUGCCGCCGUCGAGCGCAGCGUGAGCGUCAAGGUCGAGUCGGUGGUGGAGAACGGCGGCGCCGCUGCUGCCGAUGGUAAAGGCAAGGAGGCCGCCGCUGCCGCGACGACGACGGUGGUCAACAUUCAGCUGCCGCGCGAGAAGAGCCUGCUGCCCGAUAGCUCGAUCUGGUACGAGUGGCUGUCGGCCGGCAAGAACUCCUGGUGGCGCGCUCUCCUCACCUCGCCCCACAUCGUCCAAGGCAAGAAAUAUGUGAGCAACCCGUUCUUGCGCCUGCUCGAGCCGGCUGUGGGUCAGCGCUACCAGUCGAAGCAGUGGCACGAGGACGUGGUCGAGGUCUCGCUCUUCGACCAGGGCCAGGCGGGCGGCAACGGCGGCUCGACGGCCCUGGUGGCCGCGCCCCUCAAGCACAAGCCCGUGCUCCGCAUCAAGCGGGCCGACGACCAGCGCGGCUUCUCGGUCACCAUCUACCACCCGAUCCCCGUCUCCUCGUCGCCCGCCUCGUCCCUGCGCUGGGAGAUGAUCCCCCUGACCCUGCGCUAUAGGUACCACGCCAACCGAGCGUCGGCGCCCAUCUCGCAGGUGACGGAGGGUUUCAACGAUUCGGUGAAGGAAUUCUACGGCAAGCUCUGGUUCUCCAACGCCGACGAGGUGUCGAAGGAGAUCGCGGCCAAGGAGCCGCUCACCGCGACGUUCGCCAACGUGUUCGAGAUCAAGAAGCAGGCGAUCGAGUUCUUCAGCGCCGCGAUCGGCCGCACGCUGGCCAACGACGGCAAGCUGCUCCAGGCGCCGACCGACUUUGCCAUCGUCGCCGCGUGGGAGUCGCUCAUCAAGUACCUCUUCCUCAAGGAGAUCGACGGCAACCUGCUGCACCUCGUCCACCUCAACAACGGCUUCCGCAAGCUCUCGGACCUAAACUCCACCCAGGCCUUCACUGAGGGCGACGCCGUCGUCACCAGCAUGGAGAUCACCAAGAUGCGCAAGACCGUCUCCGGCCUCCAGAUCGGCGUCGUCGGCCAGCUCAAGAAGCGGCAGCCCGACACCGGCGCCGGCGCAGCGCUGAUCGAAGUCCGCAGCGAGUUCCUGUUCCGCGGGAGCGAGCUCCACGUGCUCGACGCCAAGCCCGCACCGGCCGCGACCACUGAGGCCGCGCAGGACGAAGUGACGUUCGAGAAGACCCGCGACGCCUACACGCUGGUGGUCAAGUCCAAGGAGGAGCUGUCGAUUCUCCAGUCCAAGGCCUGGAUCCAGUGGCGCUCGGAGGCCGACAAGCAAAACCUGCGGCUGGGCGAGCGCCUGGUGUUCAAGUUCACGUCGCUCGAGCUCGAGCGCAGCCAGCCCGCCGCCGCGCCGGACUCCGACCCGCUCGCAGCCGACGACGCAGAGUCGAAGGAGGUGCGGCAGCAGCUGCAGGUCAAGGUCGACGGCGUGGUCUACAAGCUGAGCGGGCCGUCAUCGUUCGUGCCCACGCUGGCCUCGCUCGAGCGCGGCGACGAGCUGGAGCGCGAGAUGAUGGACACGGUGGCCACCAUCGCCUACGAGAAGGCCGACGUGAAGGCCAACGUUCCGCGGGCCUUCGUCCAGCGCUUCGGCAAGCCGCUCGAGCACGCCGUGUUCUUCGACAACGGCGGCUACCAGCUGCUCAACGUGUCCGACCGCAUUCCGGUGCCGCCGGAGAGCGUCACCUACGCGCUGGCGUCGGGCGACUUGAACCCGAUCCACACCAACAAGUACUUCUCGAUCUUUGCCGAGCUGCCGCACGACACGAUCACGCACGGCAUGUGGACAUCGGCCAACGCGCGCCGCGUGAUCGAAUCGUUCGUGGCCAAGAACAAGCCCGAGCGCGUCGUCGACUUCCACACCGAGUUCGUCGGCAUGGUCAAGCCGCGUGACCAGCUCCUCACCUCCGUGCGCCACAUCGGCAUGAAGAACGGAAGGAUGCUGGUCGAGAUUGAGACCAAUACGGAGAAGGGCGAGCUGGUGCUCAAGGGCACGGCCGACGUGAAGGGACCCCGGACGUGCUACGUCUUCACGGGCCAGGGCAGCGUGUCGGUCGGGAUGGGCCUCGACCUCUACGCCUCCUCUCCCAUCGCCAAGCAGAUCUGGGACGCCGCCGAUAAAUAUUUCCAAGAGGAAUACGGUUUCUCGAUCCUGCAGCUGGUCAAGGAGAACCCCAAGGAGAUCACGAUCUUCUUCGGCGGCAGCCGCGGCCGUAAGAUCAAGAAGAACUACCAGAAGCUCACCUGCCAGGUCCAGGAGGAGUUCGAGGAGGAGAUCCCCGCUGCGACGGGCAAGGAGGGCGAAGCCCCGGCCACCCCAAAGACGCAGCGGGUCACCCGCACCCGCGAGCAGCCGCUCUUCAGCGACAUCACCGACACCUCGUCGUCGCACACCUUCAAGCAUCCGGAGGGUCUGCUCUUCGCGACGCAGUUCUCGCAGCCGGCGCUGGUGCUGGUCGAGCUGGCGGCGUUCGAGGACAUGCGCGAGCGCGGCCUCAUCCCGUCGGACGACUGCAUCUUCGCGGGCCACUCGCUGGGCGAGUACGCGGCGCUGGCCUCCGUGGCCAAGGUGCUCACCAUCGAGAGCCUCGUCGACAUCGUCUUCCUGCGCGGCAUGACCAUGCAGAACUCCGUCAUCCGCGACAAGGACGGCCACUCCCAGUACUCGAUGGUGGCGGUCAACCCGCAGCGCGUGCACCCGUACCUCUUCCGCGACGCCCACCUGGACCAGAUCAUUUCGAUCAUCUGCGAGAAGAACAAGGACCAACUGCUGCAGGUGGUGAACUACAACGUCGAGCACUACCAGUACGUGGUGGCCGGCGAGAACGGCAACCUCAACAUCCUGGGCAUGGUGAUCGACGAGGUCCACCAGCUGCUCAAGAAGCACGGAAAGGCGGCCAAGAUCGACCGCGCGUCGGUCGAAUUCCUGAUCGAGGCCGCCAUGAAGGAGACCGAGGAGAAUGUGCGCGACCCGCUGACGCGCCGCAUCGUGCUCAAGCGCGGCGUGGCCACCAUUCCGCUGCCGGGCAUCGACGUGCCAUUCCACUCCAAAUUCCUCAAGGACGGCGUGCCCGCAUUCCGACAGAUCCUGCUGCAGCGCAUGACCCCGCAGCAGCUCAACCCGAGCAUUCUUGUCGGUCGUUACAUUCCAAACGUGACCGCCGUGCCCUUCUCGCUCGACCGGGCCUACGUGCAGGCCCUGCGCGACGAGACCCAGUCGCCGGUGCUCGACGACGUGCUGACCCAGUUCGACGACUACCGCCGCCGGCCGCAGCAGCUGGCCUUCCACAUCCUGGUUGAGCUGCUGGCCUACCAGUUCGCCUCGCCCGUGCGCUGGAUCGAGACCCAGAAGGUCAUCUUCGCCCAGUUCGGCGUCGAGCGCCUGAUCGAAGUCGGCCCGGCGCCCACGCUCUCACAGAUGGCCAAGACCACCCUCGCCCUGGGCAACUACUCGCCGCUCAUCAAGCACGAGAACCUGUGGUACAACCGCGACCGCGACGUCAUCUACUACAACCGCGACGACCCGCCGGCCGACGCCGCUGCUGCUACCACCGCCGCUGCUGCGCCGACACCGGUCGAGUCCGUCGUGGCGCCGCCGCCGGUGGCCACGCCCGCGCCGGUGACCGCGCCUACGCCGACGCCGUCGCUCCCCACGCCGCCGGCCUCGUCGGCGCCGGUCGUCGAUGAAAAGCCGACGGCGCUCGAGUCGCUGCUUACGCUGCUCUCGAUCAAGCUGCAGAAGGACGUCGAUACCAUUCCGGCCACGGCCACGGUCAAGUCGCUCACCGGCGGCAAGUCGGCGCUGCAGAACGAGAUCGUGGGCGACGUGCAGAAGGAGUUCGAGCGCGAGCCCGAGGGCGCCGCCGAAAUGGAGCUGGGCGCGCUCGCGGCCAAGCUCGCCGACGGCCCCGACGGCUCGCACCGGCUGGGCUCGUUCCUCAACGGUCAGGUGGCGAAGCUCGUCAGCGGCAAGAUGCCCGGCGGCUUCCCGCUGUCGGCGCUCAAGGCCUAUCUGGCCGGCCGCUACGCGCUGGGCGAGGGCCGCGUCGAGGGCGUGCUCCUGCGCGGCCUCGCGGGCGAGCCCAAGGCGCGCCUGGCCACCGAAGACGAGGCCAAGAAGUGGCUCGACGGCGUCGUGGCCGACUACGCGCGGGCCAAGGGCAUCGCGCUGUUCGACGCGGCCGGCGCGGGUGGCGCGGGCGGCGAUGGCGGUGCGGGCGGCGCGCGGGUGAUCGACUCGGCGCUGCUGGACAAGCUCGAGGAGCGCGGCAAGGCCAUGGUGCGCGACCAGAUGAAGGCUUUCUACAAGUACCUCAGCGAGAACCCGCUCGACAAGGAGGCCAAGGUCAAGCUCUUCGAACAGCUCCUCAAGGAGAAGGCCGAAGAGCUCAGCCUCUGGAUCAACGAGCACGGCGAGGAGUAUGGCAAUGGGAUCAAGCCCAUCUUCGACGCCAAGAAGGAGCGUCGCUACGACUCAGCCUGGAACUGGACCCGCCAGGACUGCCUGGUCCUCUACUAUGACUACGCCUGCGGCCGCACGAGGCGCUGGAACAACGACAUCAGGGAGCGGCUCUACAGGAUCAAGAACAGGGCGACCUCGAACGCGUUCGACAUGACUGUGUGGGCCAAGACCAAGGCCGUCAACGACGGCCACCCGGAGAUCGUCAGCUUCAUCAACAUCCUGGGCGAGAUCCUGCAGCGCGAAAUGGACAACUACCCGCUCUAUCGUGAGCUCUCGAUCCCGAUGGCGCCCAAGCUGGAGGUGGACUGCAAGGGCUUCAUCCAGUACAAGGAGGUGCCGCGCCCGGGCGUGAAGGACAUGACCGACUACGUGGCCGAGAUGGAGAAGGGCGACCAGACCACCACCACCUCCUCGCCUGCGGCCGCUGCUGCGCCCAACGCGAGCGGCGACCAGAUGGGGCUGCUCCUGGAGCAGCUGCGCACGCAGAAGGUGGACCCGGCCAUCCUCGCCUCCAUGGAAAAGAUCAUCGAGGAGAACAACCGCAAGAAGAAGCAGGAAGAGGAGGAGCGUCUCCAGAAGACCAUCCAGCCCUACGUCUUCCUACGGGGCCGAGCUGACGAGGACCCGUCGCACCGCACGUACGAGCCGAAGUCGACGAAAAAGUACAUGGCGGUGCUGCGGGAGAUGGCGUCCAAGGGCGUCACCUUCCACGACAAGACCAUCCUCAUCACCGGCUGCGGCCGCGACUCGAUCGGCCUGGAGAUCGUCAAGGCCAUGCUGCGCGGCGGCGCCAAGAUCUACGCCACCACCUCGCGCUUCUCGUCGUCGGGCAGCUCGUUCUACCACCAGCUGUUCGACCAGCACGGCACCAAGACCGCCCAACUCGUCAUCCUGCCCUUCAACCAGUCAUCGCAGCAGGACGUGCAGGCGUUGGUGGACUACGUGUACGACAAGGAGGGCGCCGACAUCGACUACAUCAUCCCCUUCGCUGCCAUCCCCGAGGGCGGACGCGACAUUGGCGCGAUCGAUGCCAAGUCGGAGCUGGCGCACCGGUUGAUGCUGACCAACACGAUCCGCCUGAUCGGCGCGGUGAAGAACAAGAAGGAGUCGCGCUCGAUCGUCACCCGGCCGGCCCACGUCCUGCUCCCGCUGUCGCCCAACCACGGCGUGUUCGGGUUCGACGGCCUCUACGCCGAGAGCAAGCUCGGCCUCGAGGCCCUGCUCAACAAGUGGAAGUCCGAGGGCUGGUCCAACUACCUGUCGCUGGCCGGCGCCGUGAUCGGCUGGACCCGUGGCACGGGCCUCAUGAAGGGCAACAACCUGCUGGCCGUCGGCAUCGAGCAGCUGGGCGUCCGCACCUUCACCACCCAGGAGAUCUGCUUCAACUGCGUCGGCCUGCUCCACCCCAAGAUGGUGGCCGAGGCCCAGAAGGAGCCGAUUCUGGCUGACCUGAGCGGCGGCCUGCUCAAGAUCAAGGAGCUCGACUCCGUGCUCAACAACCUCCGCGCCUCGAUGAACGAGGACGCCUCCGUGCGCAAGGCCGUCUACGCCGACACUCAGAAGGACAAGGAGCUGGAGAACCACAACGUGGCCGUGUCAGCAGCCACGAGCAACCACUCGAUCCGCCCGCGGGCCAACAUCAACGUCCAGUUCCCGUCGCUGCCCUCCAAGGAGCGCCUCGAGCAGCUCAAGCGCAUCAAGGGCAUGGUCGACAUGGAGCGCGUGGUGGUGGUGACCGGCUUCGGCGAGGUGGGUCCCUACGGCUCGGCCCGCACCCGGUGGGAGAUGGAGGCCUACGGCGAGUUCUCGAUGGAGGGCUGCAUCGAGCUGGCCUGGAUGAUGGGCCUAAUCCGCUACCACAACGACGACAGCCGCACCGGCUGGGUCGACGCCAAGACCGGCGAGCCCAUCAAGGACGACGAAAUCAAGGCCCGCUACGAGAAGAUCAUCCUCGAAAACACCGGCAUUCGUAUCAUUGAGCCGUCGCUGUUUGGCGGCUACGAGCCGAGCAAGAAGAUGUUCCUGCACCAGGUGGCGAUCAACGAGGACAUGGGACCGCUCGAGGUGUCGUCCGAGGCCGAGGCCCAGGCCUUCAAGCGCCAGCACGGCGAGGCGGUCGAGAUCAUCGAGAAGGACGGCGUCUUCUCGGUGCUGAUCAAGCGCGGUGGCGUGCUUUACAUUCCGAAGGCGCUCAAGUUCGACCGCUUCGUGGCCGGCCAGAUCCCCACGUCGUGGGACCCGACCAUCUUCGGCCUGCCCGAAGACAUCGUCAAGCAGGUCGACCCGGUCACCCUCUACACGCUCGUCUCCACCGCCGAGGCCCUCGUCUCUGCCGGCGUCACCGACCCCUACGAAUUCUACGAGUACGUGCAUGUGUCCCAGGUGGGCAACACGAUCGGCGGCGGCUUCGGAGGUAUGAAGAGCGUGCGCGCCAUGCACAGGGCCGUGCUCCUCGAGGAGCCCGUGCAGGGCGACGCGCUCCAGGAGCAGUUCAUCAACACCGUCGCGGCCUACGUUAACAUGCUGCUGCUCUCUUCCAGUGGUCCGAUCAAGACGCCCGUGGGCGCGUGCGCUACGGCGGUGGGCUCGAUCGAGAUCGGCGUGGAGACGAUCCAGAGCGGCAAGGCCCGGAUCGUGGUGGUCGGCGGCUACGACGACUUCAGCGAGGAGGGCUCCUACGGCUUCGCAUCAAUGAAGGCCACCUCCAACUCCGAAGCCGAGACGGAGGCCGGCCGCCUGCCCGCCGAGAUGUCGCGCCCGGCCACCUCCACCCGCAGCGGCUUCAUGGAGUCCCAGGGCGCCGGCGUCCAGAUCCUCAUGGCUGCCGACCUCGCCAUCAAGAUGGGCGUGCCGAUCUAUGGUAUCGUGAGCCACGUGGCGACGGCGACGGACAAGAACGGGAGGAGCGUGCCGGCGCCCGGCAAGGGCCUGCUGGUGACCGCCCGGCAGCAGAACGCGCUCGUGGCGUCGCCCAUACUCGACGUCGACUACCGCCGGCGGCACCUGGAGGCCGAGCUGGCCAGCAUCGACCAGUGGUACAGCGCCGAGCGCGAGUUCCUCGACGCGUGGAUGAAGGAGCAGGCCGCGCGCGGCGGGCUCACCGACGAGCAGGAGAAGACCAUGGCGGCCGAGCAGCGCGAGUCGCUCGAGCUCAAGCACCGACACAAGCGGGCCAUGGCGCUCGCGGUCUGGGGCAACGAGUUCUACCGCAACGAUCCCUACAUCUCGCCGCUGACCGGCGGCCUGGCCGUGUGGGGCCUGACCAUCGACGACGUCGAGGUGGCCUCGUUCCACGGCACCGGCACGGCGGCCAACGACAUCAACGAGUCGCAGCUGCUGCAGAAGCAGCUCGAGCACCUCGGGCGCACCACGGGCAACUGCAUUCUAAGCAUUUUCCAGAAGUACCUGACCGGGCACCCCAAGGGCGCCGCCGCCGCGUGGAUGCUCAACGGCCUGCUGCAGUCGAUGAUGACCGGCAUCGUGCCGGGCAACCGCAACGCCGACAACAUCGACAAGGAGCUCGAGGCCUGCGACCACAUCGUCUUCCUCAACCGGUCGCUUCACACCUACGGCUUCAAGGCCGGCCUGCUCAAGAGCUUCGGCUUCGGCCAGGUCGGCGGCGAGAUCCUGGUCAUCCACCCGGACUACGUGCUGGCCCAGCUCGCGCCCGACGAGCUCGACGCCUACGCCCAGCGCCGCCAGAAGCGGUACAACCUGGCCUACCGCCACUGGCACGACUCCCUCACCCAGCGCAAGUCUUUCGUCAUGGUCAAGGACCACGCCCCCUACACCUACGGCGAGGAGCAGAAGGUCUACCUCAACCCGAAGACCGACCGCCGGAAGCUGUACGCGCAGAAGACCACUACCACCAGCGGCGCGCCGUCGUCGCCGACCAAGAGCGGCCGUGGCGCGACGCCGCGCGGCGGCAACGGCAUCAAGUCGUCGGCGCGGACCAACCUCGAGGUCACGCUGCGCGAGAUGGGCGAGGGCCUGCGCGCGCCCAACGACCGCGGCAUCGGCGUCGACACGCAGCUGAUCUCGGAGAUCGAGGUGUCGAUCUCCACCAGCACCACCUUCCUCAGCCGCAACUUCACGCCCGAGGAGGUCAACUAUUGCCGGUCGACCGGCGACCCGGCAGCGAGCUUCGCCGGCCGCUGGGCCGCCAAGGAGGCCGUCGUAAAGGCCAUCUCGUCGUGCGACGACAACGAGCGGUCGCGCGAGCUGUGGGAGGGCGGCGGCGCGGCGCUGCGCGACAUCGAGAUCCUGCGCGGGCCGUCGGGCGCGCCCAGAGUGGUCCUGCACGGCCACGCCAGCACCGUGGCCUCCGUGCUGGGCGUCAACUCGAUCAAGGUCACCAUCUCGCACUCGGGCGAGUACGCCAUCGCGCAGGCCCUCGCCCAGUGA